AUGUUUAAGCUUGGUGAGGAUGGAUCAGCUAUCACUUAUCAUGUCCCUGUAAGUCCUUUUGUACCACUUCAGCACAAUAAUGUAGACGUCUCCACAGUGAACCGUCUGGCGAAUUUCAGUAUGCGUUUUGCGAUGGAACAUGGUUGGUGCUUUGAUCAUGGAAAACCUUUUAAUUCUCAAUCUCAUCUGGAGGCCUUUGAUGAAGGCUACGCCGUUGCCAAAGAUGAUGUAACGGUGUUUUUUGCUGGUGUGGAAGCCGAGUUGUGUAAAGAAGUGCCGGAGUUUCAUGCGGAGAUUACACCGGCCUCUAUGUUCUUCUGGGGACAGUUUUGGGUAUCUUUUGUGGGCACAAGCAGCUAUGGUAUCUAUGGUAAACUCUAUUACUAUGAAGCAGGAAAAGAAGAUAGAAAAGAACCUCUUGGUGUCUUUAGAGUUACAGGAGUAACGGUUUCUAAAACUACACGAAAACCAUCACAAAUUCCAGAAAGACGAGCUAAACUUUUACGAGAAACGAUGAAUAAGCAUAAUCCACCGACUCCUUUCCCAAAGGCUGAACGAUUAAAUGUGCGAGAUAUGCUUAAUAUUCCUGGUUUAUUUACAGAUGCCUCCUGUUGCCGUAUUGUAGAUAAUCUUCCCUCUCAUUCCAGUGUGGAUCCUCUUUCUAUAUCAUAUACUCGAAAAUUCAAACUACGUGAAACCGAUAUUGAUUUUAAUAAACAUGUUAAUCAAAUUGCUAUGAUACAGUUGAUUAUCAAUACUUUUCGUUCUGCUUGUGCAGAUGAAACAACCAUAUUUCCUCGUUUGCUGGAUGACGGGGUUGAACCGAUCAUAGGAGAUCUGCUUAUUCGUCGUCUACGCAUUGACUAUAUUCAAGAAAUUCCAAUGUCUCAUGUGGGUGCAUCGGUGGCAUUGUUUUUUCGAGAUGAAGAAUCAAGGGAUACAGUUAUUGCUUCUUCAGUGGGUAACAGAAAAGGUAAAUUGGCAGAGUUAUGUUAUGUUGGACAUGGAUUGCCCAAUAAUAACGGAACUCCAUUUAUUGCAGUUGUUGGGAAGCUAUUUGUUUGGUGCUAA